ACUGUCCACGUUGCAAAACAUUACUCAAUUUACUUCUGAACGUAACGGAGACGAAAAUUGUGACGAAGAGACAAUUUGUAAAAUUAACGAUUGCUAAAACGAAACAAAAACAGAAGGAAACACGAGAUGGAUCCAAUAACAAUAGGUUUGGGCUUAAUGACGGGUUUCGCAAAAGGAGGAAAAGCACUACUGGGAUUAUCAGGUUUAAUUGAAAGCGAAUUAAAGUCACUAAAAGCAAUAUGUAAAAAGGAUCUACUAAGUAGCUUCACUCAUUUCGAAAAAGGCAUUGAAAAACUGAACCUCGCGGAGUCUGAAGAAGAAGAAUUGGAGUUAAAAGAAGAUAGAAAGAAGUUGGCUCAAGAAUCUUUUGUAGAGGCAGACAAAGAUGCAAAUAAGGCAUUUCAUACUGAAUCAUUAAAAAUUGAAGAAAAAAUAAUAGCGUGCUGGAUUUGCAUCGCAAGUUCUAUCCUACGACAUUAUAAUGAUAGCAAGGCAGCAGAAACGGAUUCUAUGGUAUACUUAAAAAAAUUACACUCUUUUCCCGAAGUUAAAAAGAUGUUUUCAAAUAUGAAACCAGCACAUUUCAAAGACCAGAGGGCUAAAAACGUUGACAAUGUAAUAAGGAUCAACGUAUUAUUGGCCAAUUUCAUUUCCAACAAUCCAUCUUCACGAAAGAGAGCUGUUCUUGAUUGGCCAAUGAUUCAAUCUGAUGAGCAUAAGUUUCAUCCUUUAUAUUGUAAAGAUGUUGAAGGAAUCACGUGUUCUUCCACUCCUUGGCACGAAUAUCAUUUUUGCAAAGAGCAAAGUGACUUGUUUGUCGACAAAGAAAUGACUCUAACUAGUCAAGGAGAGAUGCUGAUUUUUCUGAAAACAAUCUCCAAAACUUGACGCUGAAACAGGAACAUUUCAACCGUGGUGUAAAGAAAAGUGUGAAAUUGAGGAUUGGCAGGUAAGAUGUAUGACAGUUGAUAACAAUGAUGUGGUAUAUGUUCUUUCUGGAUGUGGAAGAAAACACACUUGGAAUUAUGUAUUGACCAUUUUUUCCAUUGAUGGUACUGUCCAACAAUCGCCUUUAAAGUUCAUAGAGAACAAAGACGCACGAAGCUUGUGUAUGGCCGUAACACAAGAUGAAAGAAUUGUUGUUGCAUUUGUUGAAGGUGACCAGAGCAAUAUCACCGUGUGUGGAUGUCACAAAGAUGGUGAACUCUUUUUGAAAGAGUUGAAAGAAAAAGGUAAACCUACUGUAAUCGUUGGUGAUAUCAAAUCAUUGACUGUUUCUGUUAACACCAUAGCAAUUAUACUUUUUCGAGAGGAACUUUUUCGCAAAUCUCAUAAACUCCUCACCUACAACAUGGAAGGUGAUCAAAAAAAAGCCUUGAGGUUCGAUCCAAACUUAAAAGGAAUCAUCAGAGUGUAUGAUGAAGUUAUUUACACACCUGCCGUAAACGCCAUUACAGGAUACUAUUUCAAUGUAACUAAUGCAAACUUAGUGAUUGAGAUUAUCUCUUCUGAAACUGCAAAACAUAAGUUGUCGCUCGUGCUGAUGAAAACAGAAUAUGAUCCAGUGUUUAUUGAUUCCAUUCGUCUUGUUCACCAUGUUAACGGACAGGUGGCUUUGGUUACUAAAGAGCGCACACUUCACUUGAAAAAAGAUUUCGCCCUAGAGGAGUCAUGCAUGUCGAACGAAAAUAGAAGGAGGAAGUCCAUAGUAAAAAAGAAUUUCCACUCGUAUUUUUCACUUGAAAAACUUCCUGAGAACAUAAUUAGGAUGAAAAAAAACUUUACAGCGAAAAAAGCCCAAAAAACGGCUGACAACUCGGAAUCGAAGGGAGAGUCCAAAAGUGCGGGCUCCGAAGGGAGUUCCGAGAAUCCCAAUAUCGAGGAACCAAAACAACGUCCAGUUUCUAACAUCAUUGCUCAAUUUGAAAAAAACGAGUGACCAAAAUUCUCCAAUGAAAAUACAUUUUCAUCUCACAAUUUAAGGCUUGAAGGAUUUUAUGCCAACUCGCAUAUGCCCUUUAAGAGGCAAAAACACUAGAAUUACAAAAAUACGAAAAAAUUCUCUCAACUUCCUUGCACUUUUCAUUUUUAUAAAAUUCACUAUAUUAACAUGUAUCAAUCAAAGCGCACAUUAUAUAUACUCAGGUCAAACUUCAAAUGCAUGCAUCACAUAAAAUUAUUAGAUCUACUACUGAUAUGGCACUCUAGCACAUGUAUUAAACAUUCCUUUCAACUUGAAUUUUGUUAAUAGUUGUCAAGUUUCCAUAGACUACAUGCAACUUAUAAUGAUUCCUAUUGAAGUUCUUUUGUGUAAUGCUUUUUUUAAAUUAAAUAAACGCCACAUGGUUUGAUCACAGUGACGGUUACAAGA